GGCACUGCACAACAAACUCAACAUAUCGGCUGAAUACCCAACACUUCCCACAUUAACUUCCGACUUGGCCUCUCAUGUAAAGACGAAGGUAAAUAAUAAGAUGAAACAGAUAACAAGUAUAGGUAACGGAAGUGUUGCGCUGCAGGAUACACAUGUCUUCACUUCCGGCCAAUCAUCGGAGAGAAAACGAAGGGACACAAGCUAUGUGAUGUUCACGAUAGAAUUAACAUGCGAUAUUACUGCCGGCAUAAACCAGUGCUACGACCUUUUAGCUGAAAUUGUGGAAGCUUUAAAUACAUACAUUGCAAACUUAGAAUUUACCAUACAAUAUGGUGGCGGUGAGCAUGAUGUUGCUGUGAACAGUUCAACUCUGGACGGUGUGUCCGUGUGUGAACCAGGACAUGUUUCGGUGUGGCAAUACUGUGUGUCAUGUGGAAAAGGAACUUAGGCAACCAGUGAUUACUGUGAACGUUGUCCUCGUGGAUACUUUCAAGACGAGGAGGCUCAGACAUCCUGUAAGCAGUGUCCGGAGGGAUGGACCACAGCUGGGCUGAUGACUAGGGACAUGGAAUAUUGCAACAUUGCUACCCCAGAGGAAGACAGUUCUGUAUUCAACUGGUUCAUUACCGGUCUAGCUAUUGGUGGUUCUGUUGCAGUUUGUCUUAUAUUAAUGGCCACGAUCAUGUUCAUCUGUAAAAGCAUGAACUCACGGAAGAACCGGACCAAUUGUGGUAGCAAUAUCGGACAUAUAGAUUCACCGGACAAUAUGGCUAACGCAAAUCGUAGAUUUGAGAUGAGAAACCUCCCGAAUAAUCCGAAUAGACUGGGGGAAAACUUAGAUACUGCAGCUAGAGAUAACUGGGACAUGCCACCUGCAUACAGUGUAAUAGCAGCAGCUGGAUACCCGAAUGUUUCAAAGGGAGCGAUGUCAGCAGCACACGACAAUCCAGCAUAUACAGAAUGGAGUGGAAAUCCUUGGAGAGACACCGACUUUAAUACAGAAAAACGCCCAUGCUUCAAACCAAGGCAUGACUCUCCAGUGCCAGCGAAGACUGAUGCAUGGUCCUAAGAGGACUGAUCACAAUAAAGUGAAUAUUUCAACACAAACUGAAAGAUUCAACGGUGAUUGUAAUAUGAUAUGAUUCACUGCUGAAACCUUUUUACAGUCAAAUGAUAUUGUUUUACUCUGUGAUAAAACAUUACUUUAUGUUUGUUAAAUUGUCAAAAAUCUGUGAUUUAAUUUAUUUACAGUUUAAAGAAGUUCAUUCAGUCGAAAGCCAGAUUGCCAGAGUUAAUACAUGGGCGGAUCCAGUAAAAAAGUAGUUUUUAUGCAAGAAUACGUAACUUCAUUACAACAAGCUUGUUAGCUCAACUUUUCGAAGAAUAUCCCUAGCUAUUCUACUCAGGCUGGCGUCGGCGUCGGCGUCACACCUUGUUUACAAUUUUGCUUGCAAGUACGGAAAGUUAUCAUUUAAAGGCAUACAGCUUUGAAACUUAUUUUUUCUUUUCCUAGGUCAAUUACCAACCUCACUGGGUCAAGUCCCAUAACUCUUACAUGUAUUUUGGGCAAAUCAUGCUCCUUUUGGACUUAGAAAAUCUUGGUUAAAGUUUUGCAUGCAAGUUACUAUCUCAAAAACAAAUGCAAAUAUUGCAUUGAAGCUUCACACGUUUCUUCAGAUUGAUAAAACUAAAUCAUAGCAUCAUAAAUCAUAACAUCAAGUCCCAUAACUCUGACAUGUAUUUUGCCAAUUUGUGUCUUCUUUUGAAGGUUAAAGUUUGUCAUGCAAGUUACCAUCCCUCAAACUAAUGUAGAUACUGCAUUGAAACUGUAUAGAUAAUAGAUAUUUUACUAACAUUUAGGGUAAUAUUCCUGCUUCUGGGACACCAAUUCGAAUAGUCGAGCAUUGGCUCUCUUACGGUCAACACUUGUUUUUACAUACAACUACCAACUUUUUUGAAAUUCAGAAUUCAGAAUGGGAAAUAAUUUAUAGCUGGGUUUUUGAAAUUAGUAAUGAUUCUUACUUAAAAUGGUUGCAAACAAGAAUUGUCCGACGAAUUUUAGGAACAGAUGUUCUACUGUACAAAAUGAAGAUAUCCGAAAUAGAAAAAUGUUCUUUUUGCACAUUAGAAAAAGAAACAUUGCAUCAUUUGUUCUUGGAUUGUACCAAUAUACAGUCUUUACUUGGAUAUGUAACUAAUAUAAUUAAACGUUUUGAUGUAAAAUUUUACGUAGAUAAAUACCAAUAUAAGGAGAGGCGUUUCUGUUCGUGAAUAUGACUGUUUUCAUAUAGUAUUAGUAAUUUUAUUUUGUUCUAUGUGUUGAGGUUUUAGAACAUAAACAGAAUUACCUAAGUAUCUCUUCCCUGAAUAUUGUCAUCACUGAAUCUACUUUUCUUAUGUUUUCGUAUUUUACAUUUAACUCAUUGGUACUUGUUUAUUUGUAAGGUUACAUGGGAUGGUCCCCCGACCCAUGUCUAACCAUGUGACGGGGAGAAUAAACGGGGUUACCCAUUGGGGCCUAAAAAAACCCAAAACAACUUCUCACAAGUCGACUGUGACUUCAUGUAAACUUGAGAACAAACACUACGGUAUUCAUAUCUGUUUCACAGAUCAUUUUAAAAAAUCGUAACUUCGAUUGAACGUCAACAUAGUAAUUUGUAAUCUUCUAUAUUCCAUGUUUGAUCC